UUUCCCAAUCCCCCCAAAUCCUCAAUCUGACUGAGGGCAAGCGACGGCCGACGGGGGCUAGCGGCGGCGCUGCGGUGGUCGGUGGGGGCACUGCUCGAGGAGGGGCGUGGAAGCCGGCAGGGUGAGGCCGCGCGGGGAGGCAGGCGGCGCCGCGGCGGCCAGGCAGCGGCGCGGCGAUGUGCCGGCGUGGGGAGGCAGGCGGCGGCCAGCCGGCCAGGCAGGCAGCUGCGUGGCGGCCGCGGGAGGCAGGCGGCUAGCUAGCAAUCAGGUAGAGCUGCCCGCAGGCAGGGGCAGCAGGGAGCAGGCAGAGUCAAUCUCAAUUACUCUUUAUCUUAUUAAUCUCAAUUCUCAAUUAUAUAGUAUACUAAUCAAUCUUUUCCAUUUGUUUUGCAGUUUCUACAUCACUACAUGUCUAUCUAUCCACACUAGUUCUUUCAUGUGAUGUAUUGUUGACAGCUAAAAUCUUGAGGUGAUGAUUACAAGAUUAAGGUGUGGAAUUACAAGACACACCGCUGCCUCUUCACACUUCAUGGGCACCUUGACUACAUUCGCACCGUGCAAUUCCACCACGAGUACCCAUGGAUAGUAAGUGCUAGUGAUGACCAGACAAUCCGGAUAUGGAACUGGCAGUCACGCACAUGUGUGGCUGUGCUGACUGGACAUAACCACUAUGUCAUGUGCGCAUCAUUCCAUCCCAAGGAGGAUCUGGUUGUGUCCGCAUCACUGGAUCAGACUGUCCGUGUAUGGGAUAUUGGUGCUUUGAGGAAGAAGACGGUGUCACCUGCGGAUGACAUCCUGCGCCUCACCCAGAUGAACACUGAUCUGUUUGGAGGUGUUGAUGCAGUUGUAAAAUAUGUGUUGGAAGGGCAUGACCGUGGGGUGAACUGGGCGUCAUUUCACCCCACAUUGCCGCUCAUUGUUUCUGGGGCAGAUGACCGGCAAGUGAAGCUAUGGAGAAUGAAUGACACCAAGGCUUGGGAAGUUGAUACUUUGCGGGGGCACAUGAAUAAUGUGUCCUGCGUGAUGUUCCAUGCAAAGCAAGACAUCAUUGUGUCCAACUCAGAGGACAAAAGCAUUCGUGUCUGGGAUGCCACCAAGCGAACUGGUAUUCAAACAUUCAGGCGGGAACAUGAUCGUUUCUGGAUUCUUGCUGCCCACCCUGAGAUGAAUCUUCUUGCCGCUGGUCAUGACAAUGGUAUGAUUGUGUUUAAAUUAGAGAGGGAACGUCCAGCUUUCUCUGUGAGUGGUGAUACUGUCUUCUAUGUGAAGGACCGUUUUCUUCGGUUCUUUGAAUACUCCACACAGAAGGAGGUUCAGUUGGCUCCAAUAAGAAGACCUGGAUCGGUCAGCUUGAAUCAGUCACCCAGGACACUGUCGUAUAGUCCAACUGAAAAUGCCGUCCUGAUUUGCUCUGAUGUGGAUGGAGGCUCCUAUGAACUCUAUAUAGUUCCGAAGGAUUCUGCUGGCAGGACUGAUUAUUUGCAGGAGGCAAAGAAGGGAGCUGGUGGGUCAGCUGUUUUUGUUGCACGCAACAGGUUUGCAGUGCUCGAGAAGAGUAGCAAUCAAGUUCUGGUGAAGAAUCUUAAGAAUGAAAUUGUAAAGAAAAGCCCUCUUCCUAUUGCGAUGGAUGCAAUUUAUUAUGCUGGGACUGGUAACUUGCUGUGCAAAGCUGAAGACCGAGUGACCAUCUUUGAUCUGCAGCAAAGGUUAAUUCUUGGCGAGCUCCAGGCACCUGCUGUUAAAUAUGUUGUUUGGUCGAGUGAUAUGGAAUCUAUUGCAUUGCUGAGCAAGCAUGCGGUGGUUAUAGCAAACAAGAAGCUUGUCCAUCGUUGUACGCUCCAUGAAACCAUCCGUGUGAAAAGUGGUGCCUGGGAUGAGAAUGGUGUGUUUAUUUACACUACUUUGAACCAUAUCAAGUAUUGUCUUCCCAAUGGAGAUAGUGGGAUCAUUAAAACCCUUGACGUUCCUAUUUACAUAACAAGGGCUAUUGGGAAUAAUAUUUUCUGCCUAGAUCGUGAUGGAAAGAACAAGCUGAUCACAGUUGAUGCUUCUGAAUACAUUUUCAAGCUGGCCCUUCUACGGAAACGAUACGAUCAUGUGAUGAGUAUGAUUAAGAAUUCCCAGCUGUGUGGGCAGGCUGUGAUUUCUUAUUUGCAACAGAAAGGCUUUCCAGAAGUUGCCCUCCACUUUGUGAAAGAUGAGAAGACAAGAUUUAACCUAGCUCUUGAGAGUGGUAACAUCCAAAUUGCAGUUGCUUCUGCCAAAGAGAUUGAUGACAAAGAUCACUGGUACCGGUUGGGAAUCGAGGCCCUGAGGCAGGGAAACGUUGGUAUUGUGGAAUAUGCGUACCAACGUACAAAGAAUUUUGAGAGGCUUGCUUUCCUAUAUCUUAUUACUGGUUACAUGGACAAGGUGGGGUUCAUGUGCAAAAUUGCUGGACAGAACAAUAACCUGAUGGGUCAAUUCCACAAUGCUCUGUAUCUUGGUGAUGCUAUGAAGAGAGUUGAGAUCCUAGAGAAUGCUGGACAGCUACCUCUUGCUUAUAUUACUGCUGCCACCCAUGGACUCACAGAAAUUGCUGAUAGGCUUGCUGCUGAAUUGGGUGAAAAUAUUCCUUCUCUACCUGAAGGAAAAACUCGCUCUCUUUUGAUCCCCCCUGCACCUCUCACAGCCAGUGGUGAUUGGCCAUUGCUUAGGGUGAUGCGUGGUAUCUUUGAGGGUGGACUGGAUGCUACUGGGAAGGCUGAACUUGAGGAAGACGAUGAAGCUGCUGGUGCUGACUGGGGUGAUGAGGACCUGGAUAUGGUUGAUGCAAGCGAAGCGAUGGCGAAUGGUGGUGAUGGUUUUGAUGCUGAGGAGGGUGAAGCAAAUGAGGAGGAUGGUGAGGAAGGUGGCUGGGACCUAGAAGACCUGGAACUUCCGCCUGAAGCAGAGACCCCUAAAAACGCCGGUAAUGCACUCUCAGUGGUCUUUGUUGCUCCUCCUCCAGGCAUGCCUGUCAGCCAGAUUUGGACUCAGAAAUCUUCUCUUGCUGGGGAGCACGCAGCAGCAGGAAACUUUGACACUGCAAUGAGAUUGCUUAGCCGUCAAUUGGGCAUCAAAAACUUUGCUCCUCUCAAGCCCCUAUUUCUCGAUCUGCACAUGGGCAGCCACUCAUAUCUUCGUGCACUUGCAACUGCCCCCAUUAUUCCGGUUGCUGUUGAGAAAGGUUGGAGUGAGUCUGCAAGUCCUAAUGUGAGAGGCCCUCCUGCACUUGUUUUCACCUUCUCACAAAUGGAAGACAGACUCAAGGCUGCCUACAAGGCCACCACAGAAGGUAAGUUCCCAGAAGCCCUGAGGCAGUUCCUUAACAUCUUGCAUACCAUCCCUCUUAUCGUGGUAGACUCGAGGAGGGAAGUGGAUGAAGUGAAAGAGUUGAUCGAGAUUGUGAGGGAGUAUGUCCUUGGCCUGAGGAUGGAACUUAAGAGGAAGGAAUUGAGAGAUGAUGUCAACCGCCAACAAGAAUUGGCAGCUUACUUCACUAACUGCAAGCUUCAGAGAGUUCAUAUGAGGCUUGUGCUUGGAAGUGCUAUGGGUUUGUGCUACAAGCAAAAGAACUUUGCUACUGCAGAGCACUUUGCAAGGAUGCUGCUGGAGAACAACCCUAAUGAGAGCCAAGCAAAGAGGGCCCGACAGGUGCAGCAACAGUGCAGUGGAAAGAAGGAUAGCUGUGAGCUGAACUAUGACUACAGAAAUCCAUUUGUCGUCUGUGGUGCCACAUAUGUUCCAAUUUACCGUGGCCAGAAGGAUGUUUCCUGCCCGUACUGUGGAUCCCGGUUUGUUCCUUCCAUCGAAGGGCAGCUUUGUACCAUAUGUGAGCUUGCUGUGGUUGGUGCAGAUGCUUCAGGCCUCCUCUGCUCCCCUACGCAGUUGAGAUAAGUGGCGCUAGAUGCCUUAUUUCCAGCUCAGGAAAAACAAUUGGACCUUUAAUGCUUACAUGGAUGGAAAAAUGGGAUGUUAGAUUUGAUUUGUGAUCAGAGAAGGCCAUUACAUUUGUGCAAAAUUUUGAAAUUUAAUAGUUCAUACAAAAAAGUGUGCAAAUCCAAGACCAGGCUCAGGAUACCAAGGAACCUCAUCUUGCCUAUGUAAAUUAACUACUUUGAGCAGCUGUGGCUAGAAGAAUGGAUAUAUAUCGGCCAUGCCUCAUGUCAGAGCAUUUCAGAAUAAAUAUUCGUGUUUAGAAUAGACUUUUUGAUGGUGAAAUAUUUCACCGAGGAAUUGUGAGUUCUUACUUCAAAGCACAUUGCAAAUUGAGGUCGUGUUCCUGGAUGGUUCGUCAUUUGUCGCUGUUAUCUUAACAAGCGGAUUUCACAGCAUAAUUUUUUGCUGAGCUACAUAAAAGUGAAAUUGGAUUUGAUAUGUA